CCCGUUUCGGCAAAACCCUUAUUUCGAUCGCUAGAAAUUUCACGAUUUAAAAUCGAGUGGUUUGAUAGCAUUUCGACGAAAAUCAAAUUAUCGAUCGAUCGGAUAAAUAUCAAUUACUAUAUAUAAAUAUAGUAAUAUGUAUUAAUAAUUAUAUAUAUUAGUUAGUCAUACACCCGCCUAGGUGUCGCAAAGAGACGAGUAAAGGGAAAGUAAAGCGGUUGGGCGCUUAUUACAUAUAAAAUGUGCCCAAAUCAUUUUCUCCCCAUUAGGGUUUCGGAGUAUCCGGAAGCCGGAUUGAGCCCAGAAUUCGUAUAUGAGCUUCUUGCGGCGAGGUAAUCAAUCCUCUAGUUCUAAUCCAUGAAUUUCGGCAAUUAGUUAGGUCGGGGUCCAAAUCGCUGAAUUUAGCUCCGAGUAGGGUUUGAUGUGUUUUUAUCGAGAAUUUCACCCGGAGCCUAGAACUAACAUUGACGGGGAUACUGCAGGGGAUAUCAGGACAAUCUCGGAUUUUGAUUUUGGGUUUGUUUGAGAAAGUGAGUUGGGGUACGGGAGGCUAGAACCGGUGUUUGAACGACCAGAACUGGUGAGGGAUUAGCACGGCAUACCGGGUUAGUCGUAUCACGAUAAUUAUAUUGAUGCUUAGAAUUGACCUAGGUGAAUUAGAAUGGCAUGAUUAGGGGUGUAUGGACUUUUAUGCUAUAUAUGAUGAACCAUGGAUUGUUGUAUGAUAUUAUUUACUUUCCCUAGCCGAUAUGGACCUUGUUUAUGUUGAUGAUUGCAUACAUGUUGCCAUUUGUGGCUUAACCGUUGAUAUGACUUCAUGGUUGUUCGAUCAGGUGUUUUGACAUGAUGUGAUAUUGUGGUUGUUUUUGGAUUCACAAGUGGUGGAAAUAAACUUCCCAGGUUGAUAUUAUGAUGUUUAAGGAGGAUGACUUGCACGAGGGUUUAUCCCGAGGAAGUGAAAUUAUACGACUCCUGAUUACCUAUGUUGAGCCAAUUAUGGCCAGGUCAAGUACAUGUGCAAGUAAUGAAUUAUGAUUAAGCAAGAUGAGAUAUGAAUCAUGUAUAAGGAUACCAAAUAUGAGUGUUGUGGUCUCACGUUCAACUACAUAGUAAUUAGGGCCCCUAUGCUAUUACUCUAUUAUGAUAUGUAUGAUAGUCACACCUCUCAUGUGGUGGUGACUAAUGAAUUCUUACGGGAUAUGACCACACCCAGAGGGGUGUUGGGGUAUGACUACACCCAUAGUGGUGUGGGGUCCGUAUGACCACAUCCGACAGGAUGUUGGGGUAUGUAUGACUACAUCCGACGGGAUGUGGGGUAUGUUUCCCGGGAGAGUUAUUAGCAUGGGAGUAGCCACGCGCCUAUAAGUAAAACAUGAUAAGAUGCAUAUGCCUAAGUCAAGAUGGGUGAGUCUUUUUCCUAUUGGGAUGUCGGAUGGCUGAGGUCUGAUCCUAGUGCUUUGGCUUGUUUGCUAGAUGUAUGGUAGGGGUAUGCUCUGUUCUGAACUCACGAUGCAAUGAUUGUCUCACUCAGCCAUGAGUUGACCCUCUUUUAUUCUUCUUCUCUGCUUAUGCUAUGUGUAAGCAGAUCAUCAGCAGCAGCCGUAGAUAAGUGUUAGGUGGGAGAGGAGCUAAAGUUGAAGCCAAGAUGAGGUAUAGUCUUCAACUAUUCUGUGCUUGGACGACUACUUGGAAUUUUGGCCAGUGAUCCACACCUUUUUUGUAAAAAAAUGUUUUGAGAACGUUUUUCAUGUGCAUACUAGCUUAUGAUGUAGUGUGAGAUAUCCACAGGUGUGGAAAGUUGAUGAUAUGUGUAUAUGGUGUGUAACUGUGUAAGUUGUGACGAUUAUUGUAUGUAUAAGUAUGGUAUGCAGUUGUGGAGUAUGAAAACUAUGACUAUGGCUAAGAAAAGCCAAUGCAUAUGGUUGUGAGUAUAUAUGUUUGUGAUGAAUUAUUUUGCAAGAUAAGUUGCAAGAACUGUUAGCCAUUACGUGAUUAAUUCAUGUCGAAAUUUUAUUUGGGUAAAUUAUGGUAAUUAAUGUAACACCCAAGAUUAUUUCCGCUGCAAAUGCAUGAACAAUAUGAUUAGGUAAUACGUACAGGGUAGGGUGUUAUAAAACACAAAUGACAAAAUAAUAUUUUUGGCGUAAUAGGCCAAAUUUGUUGUAGUGAAGAGCUCCAAUUUUAAAGUCGAUAUUGUCAAUACCAGCACGCAGCAUAUUAUGGUCAAGAUAGAUGCCCUCACUAGACAACAAUGGCUCUUAACGGGAGUUUAUGGUAGUCCUCAAUACCGCUUUCAUCCUCUCCUGUGGGAACAAGUCACUCAUACCAGUAGAUCCGAUGAAACCCCUGGCUUGUUACAGGGGAUUUUAAUGCUUUUUCCACCCUAGAGGAGAAGCUCGGAAUGUGUUCUAGGGAAGCCCUAAGUCGAUGCCAAUGAUUUUGUGAAUGGAUAAAUGAAGCAGAAUUGAUUGAUUUGGGAUUCAAGGGCCCCAGGUUUACCUGGUUCAGGGGGGACAAUCACAAUACCAGGAAGGCCAGACGGAUUGACCGUUCUCUGUGCAAUGCUUCCUGGAAUUUAAAGUUCCCCAAUACCACAGUCAAAAACCUCUCCAAGUUUUAGCAUGAUCAUGUGCCAAUUCUGAGCUCCGUUCUGAACCAACCGCCAAUUAAUCCCUUUGCUUCUAAUCACUUCAAAUUUGAGGCGAUUUGGACAACGGACGACAGGUUUCUGAAUUUUGUCACAAAUAUUUGGAAACACAAUCUUCCUCUGCAGCAAGCGCUUUGAGAGAUCACGCCUCAACUUCAAUGGUGGAGCAUGGAUGUUUUUGGCUCAAUUCACAAAAAAGAAAAGAUGGUUCAUGGCCAAACUCCAAGACAUUACUACUCACAUUGCCAACUCUUUCAAUACGGGGCUGCUCAAGCUUCAAAUCAAAUUGGAAAGAGAAUUGGAUUAGGUACUUGCUCAAGAGGAGGUAAUCUGGUUCCAAAGAUCUAAAUAACAGUGGGUGACACAUGGGAAACAAAAUACCUCAUAUUUCCAUCAUCAAGCAAUGAGGCGUAAAAGGAGAAACAAAUUACGACUCUACAAGUUGCCAAUGGGGAAUGGGUUGAGGAUCAGCAGGAACUCCUGCGAAUGGUGCUAAGCUUCUACACAAUUCUUUACACAGAAGACAACAAUCAUUAUGAAGACCUCAUUCCCCGAAACUCCUUCCUUAAGCUGAGACAAGAAGAUAUUAUGAUGCUUCAUGGACCUUUCAGAUUGCUGACUUUCACAAAGCCAUAUUUGGGGUGAAGUCAUACUCUGCGCCUGGCCCUGAAGGCUACCAAGCCAUCUUCUACCAGAAACUUAGGACGAUAGUGGGCAAAAGCCUCAUUGGGAUGACAUCUGAUUUUUUUUAAAUGGGAGAGAUGACAGAAGCCUCGAGGAUAGUUUUUAUCCCCAAUAUUGACCAGCCGGAAUGCCAAGCACAUUUUAGACCUAUUUGCUUGAAUAAUGUGGCUCUCAAAGCUGUAACUAAGCCGGUCACCAACAGAUUAAAGCCACUUAUGCCUAAACUCAUUGCUCCUAAUUAGAGUGGGUUUAUCAAAGGCAGGCAGGCAGACUAAUGAUAAUAUCAUCCCGCUACAAGAAAACCUUCACUAUCUUCUCAACAAAAAGGAAGCAAUGGAGGUUUGGUGAUCAAGAUCGACUUAGAGAAAGCCUAUGAUAGGUUGAGGUGGGAUUUAAUCAGUGACACCUUGGGGGAAAUCGGUUUGGCAAGCUCCUUCAUCAGCAGAAUCAUGUAUUGUGUGGAGAGGAAGAAAACGAGGAUUAAUUGGAAUGGGAAAGACAGACACUCAAGCGUCUUAGCUCAUAUUAAUGAAAGAACGAGGUUGGGUAAUCCCCAUAAUAUCGUACAACAACCAAUAUUGAAACUAUGGGUCACACUCAUCGAAAGGAUGUGUGUCAAAAGGAAAAGCAUGAACCUUCCUAGCAAGGAAAUCAACAACAAAAGCAUUCCCUAAACACAUGGGAGAUUCUAUACUCCCAAUCAAAAUUCAGUAAUCGACUAAUGUCUUGAGCAAGCAAGUCGUGGCGGUGAUUGAUGUCAUUGCAGUUCAUGAUGAUUGAGAUAGCAAUGGAUGAGUCCAUAUUCAACAGCAUCUUCCUGAACCAGACCUCCAUGCGAGCAAUAUGCCUUCAACAGCCCCCUUUAGUUCCGCAUUUGUGAUCGUGCAGGAACCCAUAUUACAGACAAAAGAGUUCAGGCAUCUCCCCGAAUGAUUUCGAACAAUCCCCCCAGCAGUCGCGUUCCCAGAAUCCUUCAUAAUAGAGCCAUCGGUUCGAACCUGGACCCAUCCCUCUAGAGGUGGCUUCCACACAACAUCUCUGGUGAUUCUGUCCUGUGUAACACCAGGGGAGCUUUUCUUUUUGCUCACAUGGGCUUGAUUAACAAUGUUUAUCCAAGCUUCCACACGAUGGAGGAAGCCAUCCUGGGAGAACUUCUUCCCUUCAAUUGCUUCCUCAUUUCUCUAUUUUCAUAAAUUCCUGCAAUUAAUCCCAAAUCUGAUUCCUUUCUUGUCAUUCAUAAGGUUAGUGAAGAGCCAUGAUUGGAAAGGGGAGUCAGUAAUUGCAUUCAAAUGGGUAUCUUUGAGCUUUCUCCAAAUCUCAGCUGCUUUAGGACAGGCUGUGAGUAUAUGUUCUAUGGUCUUCUCAUUCACCAAAUAGUGACCACCGUUGUUGUUGGUAGUAAGCUUCAUCUUGGCUCUCUUCACAUUGGUAAGCAUCCUUUCAUGUCGGACAAGCCAGAGGAAAAGCUUGAUGUGGUUUGGACCCCUCCAUUUCCAGAAGAGUUUUCAGCUGUUGUCCGCCUCAGCCUCAUGGUCUUCAUUCACCAGAUAAUAGGCAGACUUGAAGUUAAAGCGUCCAUCCUGUUCGAUUCCCCAAAUGGAGGUGUCCUUGCUAAGAUCAGGUUUGGGUGGCUCCAUCCCUGCAAUCAAAGACAGCCCAUCAGGGUGAAUCAAUCUAGAUAACUUCUCACAAUCCCACCCACCCGAGGUGGUCACCCAACUAGAGAAGGGGAGUUCAAAUCAAUCAAAGAAACAUCAGCAAGAAGAUAGUUAGAAAUCAAAGAAUCAUAAUCAAUCCAAGGAUGGGACCAGAAGGCAGUGGUAUUGCCAUUCCUCACACUCCAAACCGUUGCACUUUACAUAACUGGCAUAGCUUUUACCAUCGCCCUCCAACGGUUCGAGAAGUUACUCUUUUUCAUAUAGAUGAUUUGUCCAUCUCGAUGAUUGAAGUAGUACUUCCCUUGCAACACUUGCACCCAGAGGUCAUUAUCGUUGUUAAGCAUAUGUCAGGCAAUUUUGACCAUGUAAGUCAUGUUAAGGCUUCUAGCAUUUUUGAGACCUAAUCCACCCUGAUCUUUAGGUUAACAAAUGGUGUCGCAAGAC